AUGCGUUUUAUAUUAUUUUCUUUUCUUUUUCUUAUCUUUGCUUUCCAAUACUACAGUUGGCGAUUUCCUGGCAUGGGUCGUGGACAUAGAAGUAGAUAUCAUGGUUUGAAUGGUGGACAAUUAAACCAACUUCGUAAUUUUAAUCAUCAAAAACAACAAUUACAAAGAAGGGCUAGCCACUUGAAUCACCAAACUGCACAAUUUCAAAGAAUGAGAGGACGUAAAAAGAGAGAUUUAUAUGAAACUUUCGAGAAGGUUCUUAGAGACUAA